AUGAGUGGCUUCUUCUCUCGGCUGGACCCUCGGCGGGUGCCCUGGGGAGCUGCUGGCCAUGCCCUGCGCACCCGUGUGCUGCGCACCAAGCCCGUGGAGUCCAUGCUGGAGGGCACCGGGGCUGCGGCCACCCAGGGCGCCCGGCUGGCCAAGGUCCUCACCACCCUGGACCUCAUCUCCCUGGGUGUUGGGAGCUGUGUGGGCACUGGCAUGUACGUGGUGUCCGGCCUGGUGGCCAAGGAGAUGGCGGGGCCCGGGGUCAUCGUGUCCUUCAUCAUCGCUGCCGUCGCGUCCAUCUUGUCAGGCGUUUGCUACGCUGAGUUCGGCGUGCGGGUCCCCAAGACCACGGGCUCUGCCUACACCUACAGCUACGUGACCGUGGGGGAGUUUGUGGCGUUCUUCAUCGGCUGGAACCUCAUCCUGGAGUACCUGAUCGGGACGGCCGCGGGUGCCAGCGCCCUCAGCAGCAUGUUCGACUCGCUGGCCAACCACACCAUCAGCCGCUGGAUGAUCAACAGCGUCGGCACGCUCAACGGCCUGGGGAAAGGAGAGGAGUCAUAUCCUGACCUUCUUGCUCUGGUCAUUGCUGUCAUUGUCACCAUCAUUGUGGCCAUGGGGGUGAAGAACUCAGUGGGACUGAACAACGUGCUCAAUGUCAUUAACUUGGCAGUUUGGAUCUUCAUCAUGAUUGCUGGUCUGUUCUACAUCAAAAGUGACAACUGGGCUGAAGGGCAAUUCCUGCCUUUUGGAUGGCCAGGGGUGCUCAAGGGGGCUGCGACCUGUUUCUAUGCCUUCAUUGGCUUUGACAUCAUUGCUACCACUGGAGAAGAGGCAAAGAAUCCCAACACCUCCAUCCCCUACGCCAUCACAGCCUCGCUCGUCACGUGCCUGACAGCUUAUGUGUCUGUGAGCAUGAUCCUCACACUGAUGGUGCCCUACGAUGCCAUUGACACCGAGUCCCCACUGAUGGAAAUGUUCGUGGUCCACGGCUUCUAUGCAGCCAAGUUCAUCGUUGCCAUCGGGUCCGUGGCUGGCCUCACUGUCAGCUUGCUGGGCUCCCUCUUCCCAAUGCCCAGAGUCAUUUAUGCCAUGGCUGGUGAUGGGCUGCUCUUCAGGUUUUUGUCCCACGUCAGCUCUUACACGGAAACCCCUGUCGUGGCUUGUAUUGUGUCCGGGUUCCUGGCAGCUCUGCUCUCCUUGCUGGUCAGCCUGAGGGACCUGAUUGAAAUGAUGUCCAUUGGCACCCUGCUCGCCUACACGCUGGUGUCCGUCUGCGUCCUGCUCCUGCGGUACCAGCCCGAGAGCGACAUCGACGGCUUCGUCAAAUUCCUCUCCGAGGAGCACACCAAGAAGAAGGAGGGCAUCCUGGCCGACUGUGAGAAGGAAGCUUGCUCCCCUGGGAGUGAAGGAGAGGAGUUCUCUGGCCCACCGACCAACACGUGCGGGGCAAAAAAUCUGCCAUCGCUAGGAGAUAACGAGAUGCUGAUUGGGAAAUCCGAUAAAUCCGCCUACAAUGUCAAUCACCCCAACUAUGGCACUGUCGACAUGACCUCGGGGAUAGAGGCAGAUGAGUCUGAGAACAUCUAUCUCAUCAAGCUGAAGAAGCUGAUCGGCCCCCGGUACUACACAAUGCGGAUCCACCUCGGGCUGCCGGGUAAAAUGGAUCGCCCGACAGCAGCCACCGGCCACACGGUCACCACCUGUGUGCUCCUGCUCUUUGUCCUGAUGUUCAUCUUCUGCUCCUUCAUCAUUUUCGGGUCAGACUACAUCUCUGAGCAGAGCUGGUGGGCUGUCCUCCUGGUCGUGCUGAUGGUCCUGCUCAUCGCUGUGCUGGUGUUUGUGAUCUUGCAGCAGCCAGAAAACCCCAAGAAGCUGCCCUACAUGGCCCCAUGUCUGCCCUUCGUCCCUGCCUUCGCCAUGCUGGUGAAUAUCUAUCUCAUGCUGAAGCUCUCCACAGUCACAUGGAUCCGAUUUGCUGUCUGGUGUUUUGUGGGUCUGCUCAUCUACUUUGGCUACGGGAUGUGGAACAGCACGCUGGAGAUCAGCGCCCGCGAGGAGGCCCUGCACCAGAGCACCUACCAGCGCUACGACGUGGACGUCGACCCCUUCUCCGUGGACGACGGCUUCUCCUUCGCCCCCGAGGGCGAGAGCUACCCGGCCUGGGGUCCUUCUGAGGACAAGAGCUUCUCGUACCAGCAAAUGGCGGGCACCAAGGAAAGCCAUCGGACAAGUAGCAGGUCGAAAAGCAAAGGCCGGCACAAACCGCCGUCGGAUGCUCUGAUCGCCAACGACGAGUUGGACUACUCGCCCGAGUAGCAGGACAGGCAGCGGGGCACCAC